AUGAAUAUAAAUAUUUUUCUUUUGAUAACGUUAUUUCUUAUUCAAAGGAGCCACGGAGUGAUUUAUGAAUUAAACGACACUGAGUACGACAAGAUGCCUCCAAUGUUCCAUCUGGAACCAUACGGACCAUGCGUCCACGAGCCAGGGGGCGUAUACUGCACAGUUGAACUGAAACUAGUGUCUGACGGGCCCAGCGAGCUGAUGACUAUGAUUGAGGAAUAUUCUCUACGCAGAGAGAUGCACUUAAAUCAUUCACGUCUUCAUCGAGGCGUGUGUGUUACAAGAACAUGUAAAGACUACCUCAGUCAAAAUACAUCAGCGGACAUACAUUUGGUCCUUGAGGGAUGCCUCAACGAUACUUUUUGGAAACAGUACAAACUCAAAAGCAAGCUGUCUACUGAAGUUCUGUGUAAUGAUCUGGAUAAUAAGAUGGAUAUAGACUAUGGCGACAUCGCCGUUGCAGUGAUUUGCCUUGCAAUACUAAUGCUAAACAUCAUUGGAAGCUUGUACGAUUUCAUGUUUGUUCCAAAUAAGGAAAGCAAGGGGAACAAACUUCUGAUGUGUUUCUCGAUCAGACGCAAUUGGAAGAAGUUGGUGGCACGCCCCGCCGAUGGCCCUGAUCCACGUCUUAGACGGCUAAAAGGCUUCAAUGGAUUACGAACAAUAUCCAUUAUUAUCGUCAUAAUGGAACACUCGUUACUGCCGUUUAUUAUUAGUGCAAAUGAUUCGCAUGAAUUGGAAAGGAAAUACUACAACAUUAUAUAUCAUAUAUUGAUCGACGGCGCGCUGGUGGUUCAAACAUUCUUCGUGAUGUCUGGAUGCUUACUUUCUUACAAUUUGCAGCUAUAUGCGGAAAAGAGAGACAUAAAUUGGACUAUGAUACCGAAAGGGAUUUUACAGAGAUGGUUCAGAUUAACGCCAUCUUAUGCUGUAGUGCUUGCGAUCACUACAACCUGGCUGAGAUUUGCUGGGUCAGGGCCACUAUGGCAGAGCGCAGUGGGUGUUGAAGUGAAAGACUGUCGACGAGAUGGCUGGCUGAAUUUGAUUUAUCUAAAUAAUUAUAUAGAUGAAUCACAGUGUAUGCCUCAAACGUGGUAUAUUGCAGCUGACAUGCAGCUCUACAUCGCAGGACUUAUCAUACUCACGCUAGCAACGAGUGUAAUUUCUAGGAAGAUUGUUCUAUCUGUACUCUUCGUUGUCGGCCUUAUUAUUCCUGCUUGUCAUACGUACAUUCAGAACUUGGAUGCUGGUCUUAUCAUCUCCCCCGAGCUUGUUCGUGAUUAUUUCGUAAAGGAUCGGACAUUCAAUCACACUUACAAACGAGGGCAUACCAACAUAGCUAGCUACAUACUGGGAAUCAGCUUGGGGAUGUUGAUUUAUUACUUGCAAAAAAAUGAGUUCAGUGUCGAAAAAUACAAGAAAUUCAAAUUGAUCUAUUGGGCAACUCUUCCAGUCAUGCUUAUCCUAUUGCCUUCUGGAUCAUUUUUCUAUUUCUUUCAAAACAACCCUUCAUUAUACCUUAAAGCCAUAUAUUCAGGUGUUGCAAGACCCAUAUUUGGAUCAAUCAUAGUUUUAAUUAUUCUUGGAAUGGCGUUCAAAUUAGAAAAUGUUUAUAGAGGAAUAUUAGAAUGGAAUGGAUGGGCAACACCAGCUAGAAUUUCGUACUCUGCCUACAUUCUUCAUGUUCUCUUCGUGCGCUCUUUAACUGGAAGUAGGACCACCCUUAUACAUGUAUCAGUAGCUUAUGUAGUGUUAUUUACCUUGGGUACAGUUAUUAUUACAUACCUAGUUUCUUACCCAUAUUGGUUAUUAGUUGAAGCUCCGUCAGUAUCGUUAUCGAAAAUAAUUUUCUCGCUGGGAGCAAAGGAAAAAUCAAAAGCAGAAGCAGAAGUGAGGAAAAGCGAACGAAUUCCGGCUUAA